AUGCAAAAACAUGAACUUUGUGAAUAUGCUCGUAAAAAUAAACAAACACGAUCUCAGAGAAGAAAGGCUUUCUCUGAAAUUCCUAAUCCUGAUACAAAGUGUCACAGAGCAGUAACUUAUCCAGAACUUGAUCUUGCACUCAAAGAGUUUGUGCUAAUUUACCAAAAUCGAACAAUCCUAAGCGAUGCUCUACUUGUUGAAAAAGCGAAGCUACUCGCUGAUGGCUUGAGAAUUCCUCAAGGGGUGUUAAAAUUUUCUAAUGGCUGGCUUGAGAAAUUUAAGGAUAGAAAUAGAAUUCGUCAACAUCAUCUAGAAGGAGAAGCUGAAUCUGCUGAUAUAACAGCUAUCAAUAAUACUAUACCCUUGUUAAGAAAUAAAACCUCAAACUACCCCUUAGAAAGAAUCUAUAAUAUGGAUGAGACCGGGCUGUUUUAUCGAUUGGAACCAGACAGAACAUUGGCGACUCAGCGUCUUUCUGGACGUAAAGUAGAGAGAGAAUGUCUUUCAAUCACAUUGUGCACAAAUGCUGAUGGUUUACAUAAGUUGGCUCCUUUCGUAAUCAGAAAAUAUGCAAAACCAUGCUGCUUUAAAAAUAUUAAAAUUCAAAAUUUAGCUGUUAAAUAUAGGAAUAGUGCCAAGGCAUGGAUGAUUGCUACCUUAUUUCAAGAUUGGCUUAAGAAUUUCGAUUAUCAAAUUGGUUUAAAGCAUCGAGGUCAACAUGUAUUACUUAUCCUUAACAAUUGCGCUAGCCAUAAAUUGGAUGCCCUUACCUUACAAUAUACUGAUAUUACUUUCCUACCUCCAAAUAUUACUUCUAAAAUCCAACUACUUGAUGCCGAACAGAUAGAAAAUGGUGGGCGUGCAGAUGAGCUAAAAAUGAAUGUAUUGCAAGCCAUACGCUUUAUUAUUCAAAGCUGGGAAGAAGUCACUGCUGAAAUAAUUCGUAAUUGUUGGCGUCACACUGAAAUUCUUUUCACAGAUGCCAAUACUAAUUUAAAAAAUCUCUCUGACCAAACAAUGGAUUUGGAGCUCGAUGAACUUGAUGAUCUUACUGAUGCACUUGCAUCUCUUCAUCCCUAUCUUACUUACCCAAUGCAAGUUGAAGAAUUCUUAUCCAUUCCUGACGAAGAUAUUGUUUAUGAACUUCCCGAUGAUGAUCAAGUUAUUACAGAGCUUGCAGACACAUUUAGAACAGUUGAUUUAACCACUGAUAGUUCAAAACAAAUGGAAGAUGAUGAUAGUAAUGAAGUCACCAUCAUCACCACUGACACGGCAAUGAAAAGCUUGGAAACAGUACAAACGUUUCUUCUCCAACAAGAUAAUAAUACAAACGAAUAUAUUAAGGCUGCUAGAAAAAUUGAAGCUUUUAUUAGAACGAUUAAAUUAAAUCAAAUGCAACAAAGAAAAUUA